AUGGGCGUUCUUCAGAAAUUCGGCCAAAUGACCAGGACAGCAUCUAUUGCUGUUCUGCUGUUGUGCUUGUUGUGGCAGAAAUGCGAGUUUGCAGCUCUUGAAGCUUGGAAUUAUGGGGACGCUGGACCGACACACUGGCCCUACUCGUUUCCAGACUGUAAUGGACCGAUGCAGUCUCCGAUCAACAUCAAUACCAGCACCGUGCUCUAUGACAGUUCUUUGGAGCCGUUGGAUAUUUCCGACUACUACAUCACCAGCGGUGUGCACAUGAAACUUGAAAACGUGGGUGGUCAUACGGCUGAGGUGAUCGUCUCUGGAACACCGCUCUACCUGAAGGGUGGUAGUCUGCCGGCCAGAUACAAACUGGAGCAACUCCACUUCCACUGGGGCAAAAACAGCAGUGUGGGAUCCGAACACAGCAUCAAUGGCAGGUUCGCUCCUGCAGAGCUCCACAUCGUGCACAGGCAGGAGCGGUUCUCCAACGUUGGUCUCGCCGCCGCCAGCCCGCACGGACUGACAGUUCUUUCAUUUCUCUUUAAGGUUGGUAAACAUAAUCCUGGCUACGACACGCUGAUAGAGCAUCUGCAGGAAAUUCCCGAACCAGACGACGAAGUCGAAAUUCCAACAUUCCCAGUGAACGAUUUGAUUCCGAAAACGUUCGACUAUUAUCGAUAUGAAGGUAGCCUGACCACUCCACCUUGCUACGAGUCUGCUACCUGGUCGAUUUCUCUUACACAGGUGGAAAUAUCCGAAUCUCAGCUCAGAAAAUUCCGAUUGUUACAUCAAGCUGAACAUAAACCGUUAGUGGAUGACUUCAGACCCAUCCAGCCACUGAACCACAGAACUGUCCUGGUGUCCAGGCGACCCCAGCCUGUGUGGAAUUUCCCAGGAUAG